AUGGUCCCCCCGCCCUGGCGCACCGAGGAUGGCUGGACCAGCGUCGGCGGAGGCAAGAAGGGGAAGAAGUUCCAGACGUACACGUACUGCUCGUGCGGGCAUUGGACGUACGAUCGUCUGCUGGCUCGCCGCGGCUUCUGCGUGGGUUGCGGCACGGCCAUGCAACCUACUGGUGGUGGGAAGAGUGGUGCAGGAGGAGCCAACGGAGCUCCCAGCGGUGGCGGCGGCGGUGCGUCUGGUGUGGAUCCCGCGGCAGUGGCAGCGGCCAGGAAGGCGGCCGCACUGCUGCCCCCCGCUGCUGCAGCCGAGUUGCUUGCUACCCUCAAGAUCAAGCCAGAUCCUCCCCCACCGAUGCCCCUCGGCGAGGCCGAGAUCAGCUCCGCCGAGGCCAAGAAGCGUGCUGCUACCCGUGCGGUCCAGCAGGCCAUCGACGCCCGCCUCCGCCUCGAGGAGCAGAUCGCUGCAGCCGACAAGAAGGUCGACGAAGCUAUCAAGAAGGAGGAGGAGGCCCAGCAGGCCGUCGAGCUGGCUGCCCGCAACCUCGCUGCGAGGGUCCUCCCAACGCCCGAGGAGACGCUGCCUUCAUCGGGCUCGGUGCUGCACAUCGGCGCGCUGCUGGAGGAUCCUGACUCGGUGCGUCUGGAUUUCGGCGAAUCGAUCGAUGUCACGGGCCCCGCUUUCUCGGAUGAGGACAGAGCGAAGUUCAGCAAUUUCGCCGAGCAGCAGCGCAUCGCUGCCACGGAGCUCCUUCGCAAGGCUUUCUCGGGCGUCGCCGAGCAGGCCAAGAAGCUCCAGUCCGAGUACGUAUCUUACGUCAAGCAGAUCCAGAAGAAGCGCAAGGCGGAGGACGGCCAGGGCGUUGCAGUCCAGCAGCCGUCGGCCCCUCCCGCAGCGGCGGCCAGCUCCCCUGCAGGCGCUGCGGCGGAGGCCAGCCAGGAGCCUCCUGGCCCAGCGGCGCCUGCCGCCUCGCCCACGCCCGCUGAGGCCGCCGAGCUGGAGGCAGAGCGGCGUCGGGAGGCCGUCCGCGCCGCCAGCGCGGCACGCGCAGCUGCCAAGCAGGAGGCGGCGGCGGCGGCCCCCCCGCGGGGGCUGGUGUACGGGAACAUCUCGUGCUGGGGGCCCCAGGCUGAGCGCUGGCUGGCGGAGACGCUAGCAGACGUGGUGGUCUUGGUUGAGACCAGGGUGAGGGGUGUUAAGUACACCCAGAUGUGCGCUGCCGCGAGGCGGCUGGGCUGGAAGGCUGUUGGCGGAGAGGCUGACGCCACGGAAGCCUUUUCCACGUCGGCGGGGGUGGUGAUCUUCGCCCGCGCCCGACUUGGGCUCGCCUCGCUGUGCCUCGAGGCGAACGGAGGCUGGACAUCAAGUUCCUGUUCGCGCUGGUGCGUGGCCACCCUCAGGCUGCGCCGCGUCACGCUCACCAUCGUUCCGAUCUACAUGGUCUCGGGCGAGGAGUUGGGCGGCCGCAACCUCAAGUUGCUUUCUCAAGUGGGUGCUCGGCUCGGCCAGUUGGCGGGCCCUCUCUUCAUCGUUGGGGACUGGCAGUCUGUGUCCAGCGAGCUUGCGACGACUGGCUUCAUGGCGGCGCUUGGCCUGGUCGAGGUGCAGUCGGGUUUGCAGGUCACGUGUACUGGCGGCAGGGGCGCAGGGCGUGCCAUCGACUACGCCCUGGUCUCGUCCUCCUUCGCGUCGGCUGUGCAGUUUGCAGGGGUCGACGUCUCGGCCCCGUGGGGGACCCACCUCGCGCUCUCCUACAACAUCCUGGCCAACCCGAGGUCGCUCAUGGGCUGGUGUGUGGUCAUGCCGAAGGCGCUGGACAUCUUUGUCGCCUCCAACGAGAGCUACGACCUGGACUGGGACGCCGCCCUCUCUGAGGCCCGUGCCUUUCGCCAGCGCUUUUCUGCCCGUUUUACCUCUAACUUUGAGACGGCGAGCCUCGCCAUUGCAGAUCACGAUGUGCCGCAGACUGCCCUUUUGCUCGGAAGUCAGCUCGGGGAGUGGGCCCUAGCUUUGGAGUUUGUGCAUUGUGCCAAAAAAGGUAUACCUCGCUCGCAGUGGCCUCUGUACGUAGGACGAUGUCAGCAGCCUCGCCUCAAGUACGUUCCCAUCGUGCCUCGUGCCAGCGACGGCCCUCCUCUCGCUGACCGCCAUGCCCGUUUUUGGCAGGCCCUCGCUGUGCAGGCCUCCUUGCUGUUGCGUUUGGCUGAUCCCGAGGCGGACCCAUCCGAGGCAUCUACUCCGCGCGCCGGCUGCGGUGAGCAGUUCUGGAGCACGAUGCGUGGGCUUGAGGCCCUGCAGCUGCCCCCGCCUUUUGAUCCGAACGACGCGGUGGAGGGAGCGAUCCUUGAGCGUUGGAUCUUUCGGCUCCGCCAGCUUCGCUCGCUGUCGCUUGACAGCCUUCAGCAGAUCGCGGAGGAGGCUAAGGAGCAGGGAGUCCAGGCUGCCCAGCGCGCGGCUGCGGCGGCCCGUGCGCGCUGGCGUUCCUGGUUGUCCGACGCUUUGGCGGGUUCUGCCAGCAAAGCCCAUAGGCUCCUCCGCGAUCCUCCCGCCUUCUGCCGCGCCGAGCCUGUCUGGGACGGAGAGCCAGCCUCCACGCCCGCUGCCGUGCUAGAGGCGGAAGGCGCUGCGUGGCACGCAAUCUGGUGCAAGCACUCGCGGCCCGAGGCUUUGGAGGCCCUCGCGAGGAUCCGCCGUGCGGCUCUUUCGUCAGACUGCUUCGAGCCUGUCACUCCUGACCAG